GAAGCAAUUCCAAUCGGCGCUACCGAAGCAUGCCAACUUAUGAUGCCAAUGCCGCUCGCGGCUUGCUGAAAGACACUGAAUGCGCUGAAGGUAUGGUGCAGGGAAAGAUUCAAGCUGAAUUACCUUCACCAAAAGGGCCCUGCUAGGGGCGCACUAGUUGUUUUGUUUUCCCCCGAGCAAAACAACUAGUACGCCCCUAGCAGGGCCCAACCAAAAUCGCAUAAACAACGCUUUCUGUUUUUGUCCAUGAUGAAACUGUUUCGAUGGAAUGAGGGAUUGUUUGGUUGUAGCUCUGUCUCGGAUGCAUGCCUUGCAAACCCAAUCAAUUCCACAAAGCUGAAGUGCACCAUCAGUGGAGCUGUGUUAGUGAUGUUUUUGGUGUUUGCGCUGGUUUCAAAAUUCCAUGUGCCGCCGAGAUCAAAGGCAACAAAGAAAUGCAAAACAUGCGAGACAUGCAAGACAUGCAAAUCAUCAAGUGCAGAAGUGGCAAAGUUCAGGUACGUGAGACACAGGCAUGGAUCCAAGAUUGGGUUGCCUCUGAGAUGUGAAAGAAGAGCCGCCGUUACUGUUUUGACAGCGGCUGUUGAUUGUUUGUGGACAUUGAAAGGAAGCUGUCGUAGAUUCGUUAUCGACAAGUUUCCCAGUCAUCUUUUCGUCAAUCUCCUUCGCUACUUUCGAAGCUGCAAAUUGGUGAUAACGCCAUUAGCAGGUGUCGUAAUCAUAACACGGAGGUAACCUCCCAACCCAAACAAGCCAGCCCAACCCAGGCCAUAAUCGGCCGUGAUAAUGCCCUUUUUGAUGCGCCCCAAACGCCGUGACUCCGCGUCC